UCAGAUUCAGACCGUGGUGCAACAGCUCAUGCCAUGGUGCUGGGUUGGCCAUGCUGGGCUGAUCUGACAACGCAUGCGUCCGCACUGGAAAACCUGUCGUGGAUGUAGCGCUGUGGGGCGAGCAGCGGCUUUGGGUCUGGUUUGUUUAGCGCUUGCGCUGCAUUUGAUGAGUUGGAAAAUGAACAAGUUGCAGAUCUUCAGCAAGCAGAGGUGGAUGAUUGAAGAUGGACCCAUGAGCUUCGAACUGUGCCCGUCGACUCAAAGGGCGGAGCUGCGUUUUGCUGGCAAGCUGCUGGUAUCCAGCCCGUUCGACCUCUUCUGGUCCGUGGGAACGGACUUGGUGCAUGGAUGGCCCACCACGUGGCACGGCCCCGUGCUCCCGCAGGGUUUGGAGGUCGAAACGACCGGGGAUCGGUUGGAAGCGCGGGUGGAGGUGGAGAUAGCGAAGUCUGAAGGGGUGUGGCUCCUCCACGACACCUGGCACUUCGAGCAGGGCACGUUGCACGGCACUCGCAGCUGGGCGUGGCAAGCCGCCUUCGGCGCUGGAGCAUCGCCCAGUGUCUUGUCCCUGAGGUGGCUCGUUGAAGGUCACAGCGACAAAUUGCUGAUGCCCGGUGUACUGUAUUACGGAAACCCCGCGGGUGCCGCUUCGCAGCGUUCCGGCUGGGACGGCGUGGUUCCUGAGUGGCGUGGUGCGGUAGUGCAGGAACGGUUGCAGGUGGAGGAGCAUCGCCUGCCUCAGCCCUGGGUGGACCUGCAGCUGGAUGACGUGGCCCAUGUUGGGCUUGGGAGUUGGCCCUCCAUGGUCGGCGUGAAGGAUUUGUAUUGGUCCAUGGGUGCCGAGGUGCUGGGUGAAUUCGGAUGUCAAUGUGAGCAGUGCUGUGAGCUCUCCGGGACCUUGGGCGCCGCGGCGGCGGCGCUGCCGGAGCUGAAGUUGCGGGAGGUUGCCCAGGGCAUCGCCUUGGACCUGGCGACCUUGGCUCGCUCCCUGGAGGUUUCAUCCGAGGCGGUGACGCAAAAACGCCUGGAAAAACGCCUGCCGACUGCUACGGUGAAGCUCUUGGUCAGCUCUCGCAUUGGCUAUCCUGUCCCUUGCAUUGCUCCGCUUCCUGUCUUCCUUGGCUUGUCGCUGGCAUUUCCAUUGGAUUUCUGCUUGGACUUGGACUUUUCCUCUCCCUUGCUUUCCAUUGGACUUCUGCAAGACGUCCUUCAGUUGAUAUCUAGCUUGGAACGUCUUACCUUGGCAGUGAGAGGAUCAGGGCUUGGUGUGGUUGGAGGACUGGAAGAUUGGGAGUUGGUCGAAGCUGAUUACCAAGGGCCUGGGUACGGUGCUGUCAGGAACUUUGAGGUUGAGAGUGGGCCUCCUGAUACACCUGCUUCCUUACUUGAGUUGGGAAAGAAAUUGGUCUCUUCAAAGACGGACGGCCAGUUCCGCAUCCGCAGGGCGUUCACAGCAGGGUUUUGGGCCAAGAUCUCUUUGCUUUGUGAAGUUGCUCUCUCUGGGCCAGAACCUAUUCCUUUGAGGGACACUCAAUUCCUUGUCCUGCGUGCUGUUGGGCUUGUUCAGCCAGUGCGUGUCCUGAAGAUCGAGGAGAGAGAUCAGUUUGUUGGUGGUGAUCCAAGAGCUUUGCACUACGGUUUCCCCUCCCUUGUGGAGGUGCAAGCGUUCUGUUGCGGAGCGGGCAUCAGCGUCCCAGCUCUUUACAAAUGCAGAAGCAGCGGAUCAGGUUCAGCCACGAGGGUGACCCCUCGCCUUUUUGCAGCUGAUGAGGGGCAUCAAACAGGUGAGUCGUUGAUUGGGCCCGGUGACACCUUCAACGCUUCGCUCUACGAGGAUACCGAUGAAGGCUUGGUGGCCAUUGGUCUUGAGGGCGUGGUGCAGGUUUUUGAUGCAGCUGACGCUCUUCUCCAACAGAUCAGAGAAUAUGACCCUGUGACUGACUCCACUGAGCCUAUCAGGCCUUUCCAUGUGACUUCUCCCCAUACCUUUCCUCAUGGUGAUGUUUUCCUGUCACGAGUGCAAGGAUGGAUGAGAACUUUGGCCUUUGGAGGUAGCCUUUUUUACUCAGCUCAAGAAGACCUGAGUCCUCCAAAGGUGCCUGGUGCUCCGGUUGCGGACACAAAAAAGGCUGCUGCUCCAAAGCGUGUUACGCAAGCUGCCGUCAUGGAAAAGAUCGAUGUCCUUGUCAACCAGAUGCAAGUCCUCAUGGCUCGGCAGGAUCAGUUGGAAAGCCAGUCGAGGGGGUAUACUGCAAACGAUGUAUCAGGGCAGCAGGCUGUCUCCGCCCGAGCUUUGCCUGCUGUCUCUGCAGGUCUGGAGCCUGCAGCGGCUCUGCCUCUGGGCAUGAGCUAUGUUCAGAAGGCCGUCACUUUGGCGGGACCUCCUCCUCGACACAAGGAGGCAAAAGCAUCUGCGAGAGGCCUUGUGGAACAGGAGCAAGGCCAAAGUCCUGUAGCAGGAGACAGAGGAGGGCAUGGUGGUUCCAGCUUGGAGGCUGCCUUGGUGGAACAAAGUACGGCUUUGACUUCACUGGUCGCUCACUUGGCCGCCCAUUCUGCCGACGGCAUGUCAGACUUGAACUUGAGCAGCUCCUCUUCCCAGACAUCUGGCACGCGUGGGGUCUUACGGAGGGAGAAGAUGCAAAGCGAUUUGGCAGCCCGCAGUGGGAAUUUCUACCUACAGCUGAUGCAGCAGAUGCAUCGACGUCUCCACCCAGGGAAGCCUGUCCCUCAGAACCUGAGCGAGUUGCAAAGCCUUUCUAUGCUGCAGUACCUGGAGCGACAAGGUGGGUUCCGUCAUCAGAGAGAGACAGGCCUUGUACUUUGGUUGAUGGGGCAUGUUGUAGAUGCAAUCAAUGCGGAGGAUUGGGCUGGGGUGAGAGAGUUGGUUGCCCUCACUGUGGUGUCCCUGGAGCAGUCAGCAAUAGACCAGGGGGACUGGUCCCUGGCCUUCCUCCUUUCCCUAGUGGCAGAGCCUCCUGUUCAGAUGUUCCAGGAUCGUAUGGUUUCCAUGUCUCCACAUGGCCGGCCGUUCGCGCCGCUGUGCCCUGCCUCUUGGGCGGCAACCACAUUGGCCUAUCUCAAAGACAUGGAGACCCUGACAUCGAAGAAAUCAGAAGUGGCGUCGAAGCCAAAAGCGAAUGCAAAUCAGACAGCAGCGCCUGGAGCUGGGGAGACGGCUUCUCCCAAGAGGAAGACGCGCUAUCCGAAGAAGGUGAAGGCAGCCGAAGGCGAUCUGAGCCUGCAUCUGCCAUCUUCCCUAUCCCAGUACCGUUCCCUGGUGCUUUUGAUAGGUCAUGACGUCCCGUUGGAUGAUACUGGCAUUGAUGGUUUGGAGCCUUACAGAAGCUUGGAUGUUGCAAGGCUGAAGGUGGUAGGGAGAGGUCACUUUGACGCAACUCCUUUUCUCGAUGAUGACCUUUCCAUGGCCUAUAGGUUUCCAGAUGUUCUGCAGUAUGAUUUGUCUGGUGUUGACCUUAGUGCCUUUCACCUAAAGCGUGAUCCUGCUUGCGAAGUUGCCAAACUUGCCAGACUUUGGGAUGCAAAAGGGCUGCUCUUUCUCCACAAGACUGACCUUGAAAAAGAAGCACCUCAUGAGCUUACGAGGAUCUUCAACUGCCUGAAAGACUCUGUGUGGGAUCGCCAGAUAGGUGAUCGGCGAGGCAGGAACUUCACUGAGGGGAGGCUGCAGUCUGCAUCGAAGACUCUUCCGAAUGGGCCUGAUUUUUUGGAGCUUUAUGUGCAACCGAAGCAACAGCGGCUGUCUAUUUCGGUGACUGACAGACGUGAUUUUUACCACCAGUUUUGGUCGUCAGAUGCUCGUGCGGUUUCAAACAGCAUAUGCCCUGCUUUGCCUUUUUCCUUGGUGAGGGAUUUGGAUGCAGCAAAGACUCUGGCGUUGGGGGAGAAACUCAAGAAGAAGCAGCCUCGCGUUUUUCGUGGCGACGGUCUUGGUACAUCACUACGGCAGCGGUUUUCUAGCUUGGAUGACCAAGUACUGGUUUCCUUCAAGUCAAUUUUGCAGGGUGAUCAUCUUGGAGUGGAGCUGGCAACACAGUCUCAUGCAAACUUGCUACGUGAUUUUGGCUUGCUCUCACCUGGCGUUAGGAUGGUCUCUGAUCGCCCUUUGCCUUCUCUUAUGGAUGUUCAUGGCCUCUGCAUUGAUGACUUCUUCGCUAUCAGUGUGGAGGCUGCUCAGUUGGGUGUUGGCACUGUUGGGGCGCCGCCCGAGAAAAGAUAUGGCCUUUCGGUGAUGUCACUUCAUGUUGCACAGCUUAGCCAUACCUCAGAUAGCCUGCGCUUGUGUCUUCUUGGUGGGUGGACUUCAGCUUUGGUUUAUAGACGGGCCCUCAUGGGGAUACUGCAAGAUAGUUUCAAGCUGGUGAAGGCAGACUCCAUCGAUGUCAACAAACCUGUCUUGGUGCCUCUACCUAGGAAGGUUGCUGAGGAACUUACUCUACUUGCAGUCCUCUCUCCACUUGCCUGCUCAGAGCUGAAUGCAGAGUACAUGCCUGAGAUUUUCUGCAGUGAUGCCUCCAUGGAGAAAGGCGCCUUUUGCAGUGCGGUAGUUGAACCUCGCGUUGCUCAGAUGCUUUGGAGAUGUUCCCGUACGAAGGGGGCAUAUACUAGGCUGCAGACCCCUGCAGAACUGGUUUUGCAACGGUUGGGCAUUCAUGAGGAAGUCUCUGAAGAGGCGGACAGGCAUCUGGUAUCGCCACAAAGGCCACUAGCUCUGCAGUUUGACUUCGUGGAAGUUUUUGCGGGGUCUGGCCGAGUUACAGCAGCUGUCGCAGCAAGAGGCCUUAAAGUUUGCUGCCCUAUUGACUUGUCUCGCUCCGAUGAGUUCAAUGUAGCAUGGACGCAUGUUGCCUCCUGGCUCCUCUUCAUGGUUUCUGAGAAAAGGGUGAAGAGUUUUAUGGUGGAGCCUCCUUGCACAACCUUUUCCAUCAUGAGAAGACCAGCCUUGCGUGAUGUGGAUUUUCCCUUUGGCUUUCAAGUUGAUGACCCUCAGACAGCUGAUGGAAAUACUCUUGCGCACCGCAGUUUUCAGAUGAUGUGGGCUGGGCUGGUGGAAGAAGUCACUGGCAUUUUAGAGACACCCUACACGUCCAAGAUGAAGAAUAUGCCUAGCUGGAAGAGCAUUGAGAGACAUCCCAGUGCUAGUUCUUGCAGGUUGCGCAGACUGCAAAGUGGGAAGUUGUCCAAUCCUGGCCCCAUAGGUCCUGUCGCCUUGGACUUUUCUGACAGAUCAACCUACAGGGUCUCUGCAUAUUCCAUCUCCACCUCUCAGGGUAGUGUCUCUUCCGAGCCUGGUUUUGCUCGACCGGGGUUGGACUUUGGCAUGGAUUUUGAUGCCACCUUGGGCUACCCUGGGGAGGGUCCUGUGGACUUUGCUUUGCACUUCUCCAUUCCCUUCCUCCUCUUUCUCCUGCCUCACAAAGCCUUUGCGAGAGUCUGGCUAGGAUGCUUUUUCCUCGGUAGGUACGGUUCAGUUUUAGCCAUGGAGACUUCUGGAUUUGUGCCUCGUAACCCUGGAGAUAUCAGCAGAGCUACCUGGAGAAGGGGCCGACCGCCUUUGCCUGCGGGUCGGCCUGUGCUGCCUGUAACUUCAGAGAAUCGAGAAAAGUUGCUGCAACAGUUUUUUCACUGGCUGGAGACCAUUGGUGUUCAACCUCUAACUAUUUUCCAUGAACCUCAGAGACAUCUGCAGCAGAUUAACGAUCUUCUGAAUAGGUACGGUAGAUGCUUGUACUUUGGGGGCAGACCCUACAACCACUACGCAGAGACUGUCAAUGCCGUCUCUGCUUACAGACCUGCCAUAAGACGUUCCUUGCAAGGUGCUUGGGACCUUGCUUUCGCUUGGGUGCGUGAUGAGAAGCCUACUCAUCACCUGGCCAUGCCCUGGCAACUUUUGCUAGCUAUGCUGACAGUUUCCCUAUGUUGGGGGUGGACUUCGUUUGCUGGUGGAUUGGCGCUCUCUUUUGGUGCCUUGCUGCGACCUGGAGAGUUUUUGGGUGCAAAGCGUUGUGAUUUGAUGCUGCCUGCGGACGUGCCACCUGGCUGCUCCAUAGCUGCGAAGAUGCAGAACUGGUGCGUCGCCGUGGCCGCAUACCCCAAGGAUGCGGUGACGGCCCUGUGCUGCAACGGCGCGGAUGUGAUCAGCGGCUCUGAUGGGGGCUGCCUGAAACGCUGGAGCAUUGACACUGGGAAGUGCCUGGCGGAAGCGCAAGGACAUCGCGACAGCAUCCUGAAGUUGGAGUGGCACGGCGCUGAAGAUUCGGAACGUGUCUUUUCGAUCUCCAAGGACCGGAGCCUGAAGAUUUGGAGCGGCCAGUUGCAGUGCCAACAGGCCAUCGAGGGUCUUCCCCGAGGAGUUUCAUCCUUGGCAGUUCUGGGAAGCACCUUUGCAGUUGGCGCCCGAGAUCAUCAGAUUCACCUCUGGAGCUCGGAGACGCUGCAACCACUGCGGAAGUUCCAAGGGCAUAGCGAUGCAGUUCUCGCGGUGGAAAGCUGUCAACCGUUGGAGUUGCUGGUGAGUGGUGGCAAUGAUCGAUCGGUGCGACUUUGGGAUCGCACCGAAGCAGCCUGUCGUGCAGUUCUGCUGGGCCAUGGUGGACCGGUGACGUGCGUGGCGGUUUGCGCACAGCGGCGCAUGGUCGCCAGUGGCUCUAAGGACAAGACAGUCAAACUCUGGAAUAUCGACCAAGAGAGCUGCGUUGCAACCUUGGAGGGACAUAAAUCUUAUGUGCGGGCGCUGACUUUUCUCACAGAUGGCCACUUGGCUUCUGGGUCCUCGGAUCGUAGCUGUCGCCUGUGGGAUGUGGAGCAGCAGAGCUGUCAAGUGGAACUCGAAGAUCACAGUGAUUCGGUGCUGGUUUUGACGGGCGUCACGACCAUGACCGGCCAGCGACUGGUGAGCGGCUCGGAUGACACCACCCUGAAAAUUUGGUCCACCGAAAGAGCCAGUGGCAAGUCGGAGCAUCUCCCCAUUUUGAUGAUGCGACACAUCCGAUCCUUCCGUUUUUGGCGGCUCUACCUGGGACACUGGCUGCCUUUGGAAAGACAUAUGGAACCCCGGAAUGGUGGAGAACUCAUGGCAAAAGUCUACCCCAUCCGUGCAAACGAACUGAUGCCAUUGGAUCCAGUGGAGUUGAAAUGGUAUCAUUUUGGACACUCCUUCGUGGGCUCAUUUUGGAUCAUUUUGGUAUCAUUCAUCAAAGUGUAUGCUGGUGAUGAAGCGAAGAUGCAGCUGCAAGCUAACACCCGAGCAAUAUUGAUUUCAAUGGAGUCGAGAGAAUUGACCAUAUACCGCCCCUUUGGGCGGCAAAGAGAGCCGGAUUUUGCAAAACGUUUCCAAGCUCGUGCCCGUGCUGGCAACUCCACUGCUUCACAAGGGCAGGUUCAUGGCAUGCCUGUAGCAGUGGCCGCGGAGGGCACGUUGCUGCAACUUCUGUCUGGGCCUGUAGCCAUGAAUGGCCAUGAUGGCAUGAUGAAAACGGGUCAGCGCAACUGCAGCGCCCUGCUGGAUGUGGGUUUGCAACUUCCUCCAGGCGGAACGCAACAGAAGAGUUAUUAUCUUCAAGUGGGUCCUGCGUCCGAAUCUGGAGCGAAAGGCGAUGGCUUUCGAUCCUUGUUGAACUUUGCACUGGCACGGGCCAAUCUUGACACUUCGGGGCUUCCAUGUUUCACAUCGAUCCUGCAUUCCAAAGUUGAAUAUGCCCUCCGCAGAUGGCGAGAGUCGAAUGGCCUCCCGGGCUUCGACAUGUUUGGGAGCAGCGAUCGACGCGAGAUCUAUGCCAUGGGAUGGGCCGGGCAGGCGGAAGCGCCUGGAUACGCCUUUCAGGUUUUGGCCUCCACCUUGGGUCGCCCCGAGCUGGCUCAGCUGGGCAUACGCAGCCUGGACGUUUUGGCGCAGGCGCCCUUCAAAGCGAACGGCUUCAUGUUGGCCUUGAACGGGAGCACCGGCGUUUGGGAGGAGGGCGUUGGUCGUGCGAGGAUGGACUUGGUGUCGCAAGGGCAAGCGAUGGGUAACUUUGCUCGUGCCAUCGCGGUGGGCCGUAGCCGUGGGGUCAAUACAUCGCUUUGGGACGCCUUUCAUUUGAAAGCAUGCGAGGUUCACGCUGCCCGUCUGGAGGAUGAUGACUGGGCUCCUACGUCGGCGCAAGAGGCCUUUCUGGUUCUACCCUUGACCUUGGGCGCCUCCUUACACCGCGAGCCACGCUUCUUGGAGGUUGCGCUGAAAGCGGGGAAACAUUUCGCCAGUACUGUGAAGACGCUGUGGGGCGGCACCCUAGAUGCCCGCUGCGAGGAUAAGGAAGGCUUAUGGGCUGGAUUUCAAGCUUUCCUGGCCCUUUAUGAAGCCACUGGGGACACUUCCUGGCUGGACGCUGCGGAGAGGGCAGCCGAUUUGCUCCUGACGUACACCUUCCUGUGGGAUGUGGACUUCCCAAAGCAAAGCAAACUACGGAGAGCCAACUUCAAAACCAGGGGUUGGACCUCCGUCUCCGUGCAAAACAUGCACCUCGACGUCUAUGGUGUGUUGUACACACCCGAGCUGUGUCGCCUAGGGCAACUUGCCUUGGCGCAAUACAACAUUUUUGGUGAAGUUGGGGACGCUAGUUGGCAGUAUGACCUCUACAGUUUUUUCUUCUGA